AUGGAUUUUCCCACUGCCGAACCACGGCCGAGCCACGGAACCGGGCACGAAGAGCUUCCGGGGACUUCCACCGGUGGCCACCAGGACCUUGUCGUACUUCAAGGCAGCCAUCUUCCCUUCUUUCUUGAAGGUGUGGCCAACCGAUUGAGGCUUUUGGAAGCCGAGGUAAGGGACGAGCUUGCGCGGCGUGGGUGGGCCGAGGGGAGCCUAGUAGCUCCCAAAGCGGCGGCGCCAGCUGGGCCUGAAGGAGGAGCUGCCCCUCCUGGUGAGGCCUUGACCGCUGCUACAGCGAAAGCGCCGAGUGUUCCGCCACCCCCAGCUGCCACGGGGGUUACAGGGGAGGUUGCUGCCAACUCCUCCCAACCUGCCAAAGAGCCACCUGCCGCUGUCCCAGGGGAGAGUCUGCCUAACACCUCCCAAAGCGCUGCACCAUUGCCAAGGUCGAGAACCACUGAAGAGAAAGACCUGGAGAUCUACCCCAAAAGUUGCCCAGCCCCUCCUAAGGAAGCCCCGGAGCCAGAGGUGGGCAUCAAAGCUGAACAAAAGCCAAGUCCAGGUUCAGCCCGAGGGGUAGUGGACGUGGUUGCUCGCGAAGAAUCCAAGCCCAAGAAGAGGAAGUCCAAGUCAAAGAAGAGGAGAAGAAGCCAUCGACGGAGUCGCAGUCGCCAGAGAUCGAGGAGAGGAUCACAUCAUCGGGAGCGAAGUUCUCCUGAGAAAGCCCGAGGAUCGAGAGACCACCGCUCUAGGCGAGAGCGCUCCCCCCUUCGAAGGGAGACCAGCCCAUCUCCCAGAGAGAGAGGAAAAGAAAAGAAGGCUAGACCAGACCGCCCCCCUGAGCCGGAAGGACCUCCGCCCCGGCGCCCGGAUCGUAGAGCUCCUAGGGAGCCUGAUCACCCCCCUCCUUGGGAGUCAAGAGGAGCUCCCCAGGGCAAAGGUUGGCAGGGACCUGUGCCAUAUUCCAACCACCCUCGGUGGCAAGUUGGGAAGUCAAAAGGAGUGGUGAGGCGAGCAAAACAAGAAAGGUUCAAUAGACGACGUGAUAGGCGGCGGAGGGCAUUGCGCCGGCCGGCACGGGCUCCUGCUCUUAGAAGGCCUGCAGCCCGAGAGCGAGACGAAGCAGUUGAGGAGAGGAGUUGCUUCAGCGUGGGAGUAGGGGAGCUCCAUAGCUUGGGCCCCGUCUGGCUGAAGUCGGCGGGCUACUAUGGGCGCACCGUGGAUCUGGUUGGGAAGUUCCUCAACCUGAGUUUGGAAGAGGGCCAACCCAUGGGGACCUUUGAGGUGUCUGGCACCCAGGACGAGGCGCUGCUGCGAUCCCUCACCGGAAAGGCAGACAAGAGGAUUUCCGUGCACCUGUGUCCUGAGGGGUGCCCCGGCACUCUCACAGAUGAGUUCAUGGUGCACGGCCGUUUCUUUGUCAAGGUGGACCCCGAAGACUCCGAAGCAGCACCGUGGUUUACCAAUCUGGUAGAGGUGAGGGCCCAUAGAGAUGAGCGUGACGAGUUGGCGGUGUUGAGAGAGGAUGAAGCCAAGAGAAGGAGAGGGCAUGAUAGGGGAGUUGAAGUUGCUCCCAAUGAGGAGGUGAAAGAUAAGAGGGCAGCAAAGAAGGCAAAGAAGCGAGAGGAGGAGAUUCAGGCAAAGAAGAAGCGCCGCUCUGAAAGUGAGGAGGAAUGGGAGGUCGGUCAGAAGCCUCCCAAGUUGCUCUUCGAGAGGACUGGCCUGGACCCCGAGGGCCGCCAGAGGAGGAGGUUUCUCAGGAAAGCCAGGAGAAUUGGAAGGUCUAAGAAGUCAAAGAAGAAGAAGAGCAGGUCCAGCGCCUCUUCAUCCAAGAGCAGCAGCUCGUCCUCAGCAAGCAGCGAGCCUGUGACCACCGUGGGUUUGUUCGAGAGUGAACGAAAGCUUGGGGUCAUAUGGCAGAAGUUCCCUGGCGCUCUUGCUUGCUCAGCAGCAGCUGAAGCCAAGCAACAUUUACUCACAGCCUCCGGGACGGUUUGGGGCCUGGACCGAAGGAAGGUUGACCCGGUGUUCACGCACUACACUAGGCAGUGCCUCAUGGGGAUCAUGUCCCCGCCCAUGGGUCAAGAAGCUCUCACGGUGGCCCAGACCCUUGACCUUCUACUUCAAGGACAUGCCGCCCGAGCGUGUGACCUCAUGGCACAGAGGUUAAAGAGCCUAGAGAGCUCGGCUAGGGGGUCCCAUUGGACCGUCUCUCGCCAACUCGAGCUCGUAAAGAGCGACGGUGGCACCAUAGCGGAGGAAGCAGAAUCUCACGAAGCAGCGAAGCGUGCACGGGAAGAAGAGAAGUUGCGCGCCCUGACAGGCAGGGCUCCAGGCGGGCGAGCAGCUGAAGCAAACCCAACUACAAAGGGAAAUCGCAAGGGAAAGGAUUGGAAAGGUGCGUCAAAAGGGAAGAGCGAUGAGUCAGGGCGAGGCAAAGGAGGAGAUAAGAAAGAAGAGCAUCGCCCAUGGCAGAAGGAAAAGAAAUAA